AUGCCUCCUCCAUCAGCUCUCACUAUCCCCGCAGUCACCAAGCAUACUGCAACUGUCAUCAUGUCUCACGGCCUUGGUGACAGUGGUGCUGGAUGGGUUUCACUCGCAGAGAAUUGGCGUCGUCGUCAAAAGUUUCAAGAAGUUAAAUUCAUUUUUCCAAAUGCGCCAGCCAUUCCCAUCACAGUUAACUUUGGGAUGUCCAUGCCAGGGUGGUAUGAUAUUACAACCUUCAGUGACCUCCAAGCCGAGCAAGACGAAACCGGAAUCCGACGAUCCCAAGCGUAUUUCCACUCACUCAUCAAAUCCGAAAUAGAAGAUAGCAAGAUCCCAUCUAAUCGCAUCGUUCUCGGUGGUUUCUCCCAAGGAGGGGCCAUGGCAAUAUUUUCCGGAAUUACAUGCCCAUCAAAACUUGGGGGAAUCUUUGGUUUGAGCUCCUAUUUGCUAUUACACAACAAACUCAGAGAAUUCUUGGGAGCAGAAGGAGGUGCCAACAAGGAUACCAAGAUUUGGAUGGGCCAUGGAGACAGCGAUCCUCUUGUCAAACCAGAAUGGGGUGUUAAGACUGCAGAGGUUCUCCGUGAGGAAGGCUUUGAAGUCCAAUUAAACAUGUACCCGGGUCUCGAGCAUUCCGCCGAUGUUUUAGAGAUUGAGGACCUGGAAUACUAUCUCAACAGUAGAAUCUCACCAAUCGGGGAUAAAAAGUGA